GCUGCAGCAGGGCACUUAUCCCACUCAGCUGAGAGCCCUUAAAAGCACAGGGUGGGAAUAGGGCUGUAUUGGUCGGGAUGGCUUCAGGGGAGCAGAGGAGACAGGAGGAGCGGCGCAGGCGCAGGGCUCAGCAGCAGGAGCUGCAAGUGGCAGAGAGCCUGGGCAAGCACCCACUGCAGAACAGAUGGGCCCUGUGGUUCUUCAAGAAUGACAAGAGCAAGAUGUGGCAGGCCAAUCUACGCCUGGUCACCAAGUUCAGCACGGUGGAGGACUUCUGGGCGCUGUACACCCACAUCCAGCUGGCCAGCAAGCUGACAUCGGGCUGUGACUAUUCCCUCUUCAAGGACGGCAUCGAGCCCAUGUGGGAGGACAGCCAGAACAAGCGUGGUGGGCGCUGGCUCAUCACCCUCGCCAAGCAGCAGAGGCACACGGAGUUGGACCGCUUCUGGCUGGAGACGCUCCUGUGCCUCAUCGGGGAGAUGUUCGAUGAGUACAGCGAUGAGGUGUGCGGGGCCGUCAUCAACAUCCGUGCCAAGGGGGACAAAAUCGCCAUAUGGACCCGGGAGGCGGAGAACCGGGAGGGGGUCACCCACAUCGGGCGCAUCUAUAAGGAGCACUUGGGGCUGUCGCAGAAGGUGGCCAUCGGGUACCAGGCGCACGCGGACACGGCCACCAAGAGCGGCUCCCUCACCAAGAACAAAUUUGUUGUGUGAGCAUGGGGGGGAGCGGGACCCCGCUGCCCGACCCCGCAAUGAAUGGCUGCAGCUCAGCGGGCUCCGUGUGUGCUGGCGUUGUGGGGGGGGGGGUUCGGGGCGGGCUGCUGUUGGGGGCUGUCCCCGUGUCACCACCCGCUCUCGGGUUGUUCCCAGCACGGGGGAAGCAGUCGUGGGCUUGCAGAGCCGUUUCAGGGGCUGCAGCGCUGCAGUGCCAGCUCCGAACCACGCGGUGGUGCCGCCCGCCCGUGGCUGGCUGUGGGGAUGAAGCGGGGGGGCGGGUCUGCGGGUGCUGAGCUCCAUCUCACGCGGCGUUAAUGGCCCUUUGUGGCCCCGGCGAGGGCGGCGUGACGGAGUGCGGGAUGGGGGCUGCCGCCUCUUACACAGCGCGGCCGCCCUACAACUCCCCUUGUUAUGGGGCUGAGCCCCAGUGCCCGCCGCCCAUUCUGCCAGACCUUCCUCCCCCUUGUCCCGCAGGCCACGCCGCCAUUCCUUCACCCCUGUGCUGGGGGCAGCGAGGGGACGGUCCACAUAGGGACCGUGGGUGCGUGGGAGCCCUUGGGGUGCUCCCGUUGCAUCGCAGCAGGAGGGAGGCUGAGGGUACCCAGGUGGGCAGUAGGCUGCCGCAAGCUGCUGUAGUUUAUUACCAUUUGCAUGCAGCUGUAGUGGGACUCCAUUUGACCGGGGAAGUGGUAGGGGCCACUGCUCUCCCUCGCCCUACCUUUGAGAAUCUUUGCCUGCUGCCCACCCUUUGGGGGUGUAAUAGGCUCUAUCCUUAGCUCCUGCCCCCCAAAUCACUGU